CGCCAUUUCCCUUUCGGGCGCAAGUGUUUGGGAAUUGCCCGUUGCGGCUAAACCUCCGCCACCCCGGGGCGGAACAAUGCUGAACCGAUGGCGGAAGGACAGUUUCUGCCGUCAACCCAUCAGUCGCAUGGGCGCGUCAACAACAAAAAAUCAACACAAGAGACGACAAAGGAGGAGAUUCUGACUGGGGAACUUUACUGUGGUUUUGUUCAUUUAUUCUCAACGCCACCUAACUUCUGUUGCUUCUGGGAGAGCGCUCACAUGUCUUCUCCCCUAUUUCUCUAAUUUUCUGUCACUCGUUGCGCAACGUUUCCUAUACUUUCUCCUACCUUUUCAGUUCUCUCACCAUGGACGACUCGAUAAUGGAUGAUUCCGUCUUUGAGGACGACGGCUCUGACUUUGAGCCCGAGCCCAAGCCCAAGGCGAAGGCGGCCCCCAAGAAAGCAGCGGCGCCUAAGAAGAUGACGCAAACAACUCUCACAGGCAAAGCGACCGGAAAGGCCACUGCUUCAAAGAAGCGCGCCAAGCCAGACAGCGACGACGAUGAGAUGUCAGACGGCGGUCAGCUCGACGAUGACGACUCCGUCCUGUCACAUACACCUCCGAAGAAGGCGAAGAAAGCUCCCGCAGCGAAGAAGGGCGGCGCCAAGCCUCUUGCAGAUGUGGAAAAUGAAUCCUUCACGAAUGAUGCUGACGCCGGCCCCAAGGACUCAAAUGUAUCAGAGAAGUACCAGAAGCUCACACAACUUGAACAUAUCAUUAAACGUCCGGAUACAUAUAUCGGGUCCAUUGAACGUACCGCGCAGCACAUGUGGGUGUACAGUUCGGAGACGGAGGGGAUGGAGUUCCGUGAGGUCUCGUAUGUCCCUGGUCUCUACAAGAUCUUCGAUGAAAUCGUCGUCAACGCGGCCGAUAACAAACAAAAUGAUGCGAACAUGGAUGAGAUUCGCGUGACCAUUAGCCGGGAAACCGGCGAAAUCAGCGUCUGGAACAACGGUCGCGGUAUCCCAAUUGAAAUGCAUGCAAAGGAGAAGAUUUACGUUCCGGAACUCAUUUUCGGUCAUUUGCUCACCUCCUCCAACUACGAUGAUACCCAGCAAAAGGUCACUGGUGGUCGUAACGGGUUCGGUGCUAAGCUCUGUAACGUCUUCUCCACCGAGUUCAGCAUCGAGACUCAGGACUCGCGGCAGAAGAAGAAAUACAAACAAACGUGGACCAGCAACAUGACGAAAAUGGGCAAGGCGAAGAUCACUGAUGCUAAGGGUGAUGACUACACCAAGGUCACAUUCAAGCCAGACUACGCCAAGUUUGGAAUGGACGGCAUGGAUAACGACUUCGAGGCCCUUGUGAAGCGUCGUGUUUACGAUUUGGCGGGAACCGCGAAAGUGGCGGUCAAGUUGAACGGCAGCCGGGUGCCCGUUCGCAACUUCAAGAAGUACAUGGAGAUGUACACCAAAGCGAUCCGCCGGGAACGAGGUGACGAUGGUCCUGCCGCUAAGGACGAGAUUAUCACUUGCAGCCCCGAUCCUCGUUGGGAAGUCGGCUUUGCAGUCUCAGAUGGCUCCUUCCAACAGGUGUCGUUCGUGAACUCGAUUGCGACGACCUCCGGUGGUACCCAUGUGAACUAUAUUGCCGACCAGAUCUGUAACAAACUGGCCGAGCAAGUGAAGAAAAAGAACAAGAAUGGUGCCACUCUAAAGCCUGCUCAGAUUCGGAAUCACAUCUUUAUUUUCGUGAACGCUCAGAUUGUCAACCCGGCCUUCACCUCUCAAACGAAGGAGCAGCUGACCACCAAGACCUCUCAAUUCGGCAGCAAAUGUGUUCUGGAAGAGGACUUCUACAAGAAGAUCUUGAAGACGGACGUCAUGUCCAAUAUUUUGCAUUUCGCUCAGCAAAAGGCCGACCAGAUGCUGAAGAAGACCGAUGGUGGUCGCCGUGCUCGUAUGAACAAUCCCAAGCUGACCGAUGCCAACAAGGCUGGUACCAAGGAUGGCCAUCAUUGCACACUAAUUCUGACAGAAGGUGACUCGGCCAAGGGUCUGGCCAUGGCUGGGCGUGCGGUGGUCGGUCCAGAUCUCUUUGGUGUUUUCCCCCUCCGAGGAAAAUUGCUCAACGUCCGUGAUGCCACUUUCGAACAGAUCUCGAAGAACGCAGAAAUCCAGAACAUCAAAAACUUCCUUGGGUUGCAGCACAAGAAAGAAUACACGGAUACCCGUGGGCUGCGUUAUGGACACUUGAUGAUCAUGACCGAUCAGGAUCAUGAUGGUUCUCACAUCAAGGGUUUGCUCAUUAACUUUUUGCAAGCUCAAUUCCCGAGUUUGUUGAAAAUUCCGGAGUUUCUCAUCGAGUUCAUCACGCCCAUUGUGAAAGUGUGGAAGGGUGACCCGAAGAAUCCGACGAAGCAACGCUCGUUCUUCACCAUGCCUGAGUAUGAGGCCUGGAAGGAGGAACACAGGCACGAACGCGGCUGGGACCACAAGUACUACAAGGGUUUGGGUACCAGUACCACCGAAGAUGCACAAAUCUACUUCCGGGACCUUGACCGCCAUCUCAAGGAGUUCCACACCAUGCAGGACAACGAGGUGGGACUGAUUGAGCUUGCUUUCUCCAAGAAGAAGGCCGACGAGCGAAAAGAGUGGUUGCGUCAAUUCAAGCCGGGAACUUUCUUGGAUCACUCAGUGUCCAAGAUUUCUUACACGGACUUCAUCAACAAGGAACUUAUCCUGUUCAGUAUGGCGGACAAUAUCCGUUCGAUCCCUUCGGUCGUGGAUGGCCUCAAGCCCGGUCAACGCAAGGUUCUCUAUACCUGUUUCCGCCGCAACUUGAAGAAGGAUAUGAAGGUGGUCGAGUUGGCGGGUCACGUUUCUGGUAUGACUGCAUAUCAACAUGGUGACACCUCCUUGCAGCAGACCAUCGUCGGCCUGGCACAGAGUUUCGUCGGGUCCAACAAUGUGAACUGUCUGGAGCCUAGUGGUAACUUUGGUAGUCGUCUUCAGGGUGGAUCCGACUGUGCCAGUGCUCGUUAUAUCUACACUCGCCUGUCGCCAUUCGCUCGACGUGUCUUCCAUGCCCAUGACGAUCCUCUACUUACUUACAAUGAGGAUGAUGGUGAAAAGAUUGAGCCGGAAGUCUACGUGCCCGUGGUUCCCAUGAUCCUGGUCAACGGUGCUGAUGGUAUUGGUACCGGCUGGAGUUCAUCCAUCCCCAACUACAACCCCGAGGACAUCGUGGACAAUCUCAAGCGACUCAUGGACGGAGAAGAAAUCCGACCCAUGCAGCCAUGGUUCCGUGGAUUCACCGGUGAAGUCACCGAUGUCGGUGGCGAUCGCUUUAAGUUCAGUGGUAUCAUUAAAGAAACUGGCGAGAAGGAAGUUGAGAUCACCGAACUUCCUAUCCGGACCUGGACUCAGGAUUUUAAGGACAAGCUGGAGGAUAUCAUCAAGGCUGAGAAGACUCCGUCGUUCAUCAAGGACUACAAGGACUACAACACCCAUACCAAGGUACAUUUUGUUAUCCAGCUGGAUGAGAAGAACAUGAAGAGCGCUCUAUCUGAAGGCCUGGAGGAGAAGUUCAAAUUGUCCAAAACGGUGGCGACCACUAACUUGGUGGCUUUCGACCCAGAAGGUCGGAUCACAAAGUAUGCGGCCGUUGAUGACAUCCUUAAGGAAUUCUAUACCUACCGUCUCAAGUUCUACGAGAAGCGCAAGCAGUACCAGCUCUCGCAGCUUCAAAAGGAGCUCGACAAGCUCAGCAACCAGGCGCGCUUUGUCCAGGAGAUCAUCGAUGGGAAGUUGGUCGUCUCCAAGAAGAAGAAGAAUGUCUUGGUCCAGGAACUGAAAGACAAAGGCUACAAGGCAUUCCCGAAGGUGGCUGAAGCCGUCAAGGCUGGAGAAGAAGAGCGCGUCGUUGAGGAAGAGGAUGACGAGUCUGACUCUCAGGACACCGAAGUUCUUUCCAGUGCCUACGAUUACCUCUUAGGCAUGGCCAUUUGGUCCUUGACCCAGGAGCGUGUCGAAAAGCUCCGCCGCCAGAUUGGCGACAAGGAGGUCGAGGUCGACGCGUUGAUCAAGAUGUCAAAGGAGGAUAUCUGGAAGCGUGACCUGGAAGAGUUCAUCGCUGAAUGGAGAUUCCAGCUCGAGGAUGAACAUCGUCGCCAGCGUAAGGUGGCCAUGAUGGGUCGGCGCGGGUCCUCGAAGCUCAUGACGACGGCUGGCCGUGGAGCGGGAGCGAAGAAGCGCAAGGCUGCUCUUGGAGAUGACCCGGAUGAUGAGGACUUUGCCGCCCCUAAGACGAAGAAGUCCGCUGCGGCCAAGAAAGCUGAACCGAAAGGCGGCCUCCUCAACUACCUGAACAAACCAGCCACGAAACCUAAAUCUCCUCCCAAGGACGAAGACAACUCCGACGAAGACUCCGAUCUGGAAGUAAUGCCUAAGAAGAAGCGUGGAGCGUCCAAGCCUCCCAAGGAGGAGGAUGAAGAUGACGACUUCGGCCUAUCAGAAGUAGAAGAGAUUGUGCCGAAGAAGAGUCGUGGAGCACCUAAAGCCGCCGCUAAACCCGCUUCCAAAGCGAAAGAAGUGGACGAGGAUGUAAUGGAAGUCGAGGCACCUCCCAAGAGGGGCCGCCCAGCGGCUAAAGCCAAACCUAAGCCUACGGCUAAGCCUAAGGACGAGGAGGACGAGGACGAUCUUGACGAUGAUGACUUUGCUGAGAUCACGAAGGCUGAGGCGGCUAAGUCGUCCGCUCCCCCUAGCCGGUCUCGCAAACCGAUCAAGUAUGCUAUGAGCGACUCUGACAGUGACAACGGAGAUGAUCUCCUGGGUGAUGUCAGCCAAAUGGUCAAGGGCAUUGGAGCCAAGGAUAGCGCUACGUCCGACUCCCGAGAGCUUUUCUCCGAGCAUAAGCCCGGCAGCAGCUCCGGAUUGCAGACGAGCCCUCCGAAGGCAUCGAGGAUUUCGUCUGAUUUCGACGAUGAGACUGAUUACGGCAAGCUCUUGCCCUCGAAGUCUCCGCGGCGAUCGUUGCAGGUCAAGCCCAAGGAAGUGAAGGUCUCGGAUGAUAACGUCGUAGAAGAGGACGAUGAGGAGGAGCCUGUGAAGCCCGCCGCUUCUAAAGCUAAGCCCGCCGCAAGGGGCAAGGCGGCAGCCACUGCCGCGAAGCCGACCACCGCGAAGGCGCGCGGUCGUCCUAAGAAGGAUGCCACCGCUGCUGCUAAGACGGCUGCGGCCGCCAAGCAGACCACCUUGUCACCAGCUGCCAAGGCCUACGCUUCCAAGCAAGCCAAGACCACUACCCGGAAGAAGAAAUUGGCCGAUGACUUGUCCGAUGACGAUAUUGACGCUAUGGCCAAUGAUAUCUUGGACUCCCCCGCUGGGGCCAAGAAGGCUGCCGAUUCGGACGAAGAAGAGGAGGUGCGUCCUGCUCGGAAGCCCGCUGGUCGGCCUGCACGGCGGACUGCAGCAGCUAAGAAAACCUACGUGAUCGAUGAUGACAGCGAGGACGGAAGAGAUGCUUCGGAAGAUGAUUUCCAGGAGGACAGCGAGUGAAGCAAGAAGUGAUAUACCGGGAGACGUUGAGCGUCUAGAUUUCAUUUCGUGAUGGUAUCAAACUAUUAACGGCCAUUCUCUAUUGUGUUCCAUAUCUCUCUUUUCUCUUUAUGUUUUUCUUGAUGCUGUAUCUUGGCGUUGGGUCUCGGGAUUGACUCGGCCUUAGGGAGUAGUAGUAAUAUAAGGCAUUUACCACCGAGCAGAA